UUGUUGGGUAUGGCCAUGAACUUGACCCAAAUGGCCACACCUGAGCCAGCUGAUUGCAUCUUCUUGGGGCCAAGGAGUAGGACUGAGCGUGUUAUGCAGCACGGCCAUCGUGUGCAGUGUCUGCUAGUUGUUCCCUUGGCUUGGGCCACCCCCAAAUGCUCUACCUGUGCUCUGCAUGUGGGCUGGGGAGUGGACCCAGACCCUUUUACCAGGUCCCCUUAGUGUGCUGACCUGAAAUAAGGAAUUUAGCCCUAAAGAAACAACUCAGAAAUGCCCAUUGGGCUAGAGUCCCAAUGCUCACAUUCUCAUCUGCCUCGGCCAUUGCAUAGAGUUGGCAAAUGAUAAAGCCACAGCCUUCAAAGAGAGGCAUUGGCUAGAUGCAGGCCCCCGGUGGCAAUGUUAAACUGGUGAGAUUGCAGCUCAUGGGGUGAAGAUGGAGAGGGUGAGGGGGGAUGAAACUUUCUUCUCGGAUCAUUGCCCCUUAUUUGCAUUUUCACUUUCUUUUCCACCAUCAACAGUUUCUCUAUGGGCACUUAAAGGUGCAAAGAGGUGAUUGGCCCCACCCCCUGCUGUCCAUGUGACUUGGUGGUAACUGCACAGGGUGAAACUUCUUGGUUUGUGUGCAGACCUUUUUUCCCUCUCCUUGCAGCUCUGCAGAGAACAGUGACACUAUCUUUGCUGCCUCAGCCAUGGACAUGCGUAUUUUCAAGGUGGUGCAGCUAACCUUGGCCUGGGCAUUAUUAUCUGGCCACAAUGCUGCGAUGACUACCGAGCCAGGGGUCAAACCAGCUUUCCUGCGUGGCACUCAGCCAUCCUCCCAUCAUCAGUCUUCCACUGACGCCAGCAACACGCUUCUCUCUAGCAGCGCAGGUUUGAUGACAACCACACUGCUAAGAACAGCAAAACAGGAACAGACUGCCAUGCAGAUAGCAAACCAUCAGCCGGUAACAAUAGCAUCAGCUCCCAACAUGACGACUGAUGGAAGAGCUAACGUCACCCAGCUGACCAACCACACAACUCACGCUAUAUUAACUACACCUAAGAACGCGACUGCAAUGGUCAACCAAACUGUGAGUCACGCAGUAAAUGUUACAGCAACAUCCAAGAUAACUUUAAAGACAACCCCAAAGUCAACUAAUCAAACAACAACUCACAAAACAACAAAAACUACAGCCACAACCAAGAGAACCACUGUUCACCCAAGAACCCAAGCCACUACGCCUGCUACUACAGCUGCUGUACCGCCUACCCUUGCCCCUCAGCCAUCACCACCCCAGACUGGAAAUUACAGUGUCGCUGAUGGAGAAAUGACCUGUGUGCUAGCAGUGAUGGGACUGGGGCUGAUCGUCCACAAUACGGUGAAGAGGAAUGUGGGCUACUUCAAUAUUGAUCCCAACAUGACUCAAAUAUCUGGAACCUGUGUAGUGGGGGAGUCAGUGAUGACCAUAUCAUUUAAUGGAGGGGCAAUACGCUUCACCUUUGUAAAGAAAGAUCCAGAAUAUUUUGUCAGUGAACUUGAGGCCAACUUAGAGAUACCUAAUGAAGGUUCGUGGAAGAAGAUAGUUAGCAAGCCCAUGUUUACAACUAAACUGGGGGAUUCCUUCAAGUGUCUCAGCAAACAGACACUGGACUUGGACGAACACUUCCAGAUGAUCAUUGUUAACAUGCAACUACAAGCUUUCAGAAUUGUUGAUAACAAGUUUGGGAAAGAGGAAGAAUGUCCCCUGGAUAGAAACAAGAAAAGAGUUCCUGUUAUAGUGGCCCUGAGUAUCCUGGCAAUCGUUGUCAUUGCACUCAUCACGAUACUGAUCGCCAGAAGGAAGACAAACAGAGGAUACGAACGCAUCUGAAUUGCCAGUGUGCUUCACUGUACGUGCAUGGACAAGUACCCAGCUGGCUUCAACACUGGUGACCUUACAAUUGGCUUGUGUGAUUGUUUUAGUCCUCAUGGGAAUUACCCUUUGUGGGAUCUGCCAUCAGCGCUGACUGCAUGCAUACCAGAGAAUGCGGCUGAUCAAAAUAAUUUCGUAUCGGUGACAAUGAUGGUACAUGGAGAGCUCUGAGAGUUUCAAGUCUAGCAUAACUUUUCCUUCUAACAAAGCUGUUAGAGCAAUGUAAAAUGACAGUGUGUGUAAGUCUAGAUUUGAAGUCAAGUAUCUGCUCGUUAUACUGAGUAUAUGUAUCUAAAAGGAAGGAGAACAGUUGUGUUAUAAUUCACUUGCACGUCAAAAUAAUAUUUUCAGUUCUUCUUUAAAAAAAUCCAGCUUCUUGAUUUUUAUAAUACAGUUUAUAGUACAUACUAAAGAAAUGGGUUAAUAUAAGGAAAAAAAUAUUA